AUGUCUUCUGUUGACGAGGAUCAGUCAUCCCAGCCGUCUUUUGAUGGUGGUGUUGAUGACCUGAAAUCAGCGUCAAACCAUGGUUUGAGAAUGAAUGGGCUAAAUGAGGACUCUGUUGGUUCUGCCAACGAAAGUGGUGAGGGAAAUGCACGUCCCAAGCAGAAUGGCCAAGUGAAUCACGUUAAGGAUAAAGAAAAGCAGGGAAGUGGGCACCAUUCCUCUCCUUCAAAAAGCAGCGGCUCUGACAGAGACAAGCAUCACAGCUCCAGCAGUUCCAGGCACAAAGAAGGGAGUUCCUCCAGUUCUGCUAAACAUGGAAGUUCUAGCUCGUCUUCUAAGGGUAAAGAUGGUUCUAAGCACAAAGAUGGCCAUAGUUCGUCGUCCUCCUCCUCCAAACACAGAGAGGGCAGCAGCUCACUGCACAGUUCCUCCAGGCACAAGGAGGCAGGGAGCUCUUCCUCCUCAUCUCACAAAGACAAGGACAAAAGUAGCAGUUCCAGCUCCAAGCCUAAGGAAAGUAGCUCAUCAACGUCAUUAACAGACAAGCACAGUAGCAGCAGUAGUAAGCAUAAAGACAGCAGCAGCAGCUCAAAGCAUAAAGAUGGAUCCAGCAGUAGUAAAUCAAAGGAAAGCAGCAGCAAAGAUAAAAGCAGCAGUUCAUCAUCUGCUGAUAAGCCCAAAGAUGCCAGUAAAGAAAAGAGCUCCAGUUCGUCUUCAUCUGACAGACACAAAGAUAAAAGCAAAGAGAAUAAAGAUAAGGAUAAAUACAAGUCAUCGUCCAAGCACCGUGAUGAGGAGAAACACACGUCCUCGGAAAAGGACAAGCUUAAAGCUAAGAGAGAUAAUAACCAAGAUAAGAGCAGCCCUUCGAUUCCCAAAAACAAGGAGACCUUGGAGAUCAUUAAAGAAGAGGUGACGAUCAAAACUGAAGUGGUGGAGAAUCAUUGUGACGCUCAAACACCAAUCAAGAAGGAGACGCCGCCUUCACCUGUAAAGAACGAAAGACAGUCCGUUUCUCCUGUCAAACCUGCUGUCAAAAUGGAAGAAGAGAGUGAAGAUGAUGAUAAGCCUUUG